AUGGAUGACUUUGGUGCAGCCGUAUCAUUUGUUAACGUGCAUGGCAACCACUGGAGGUUUGUGUAUCUCCAUGCACCCUCUCGGAGCAUCUUCAUCAUCGACCCUGCAACUACCACCAAUGACCACAAACGUAACGUCCGCUACUUGAGUCUUCUGAAAAGUUAUUCCACAGCUACUUUGAGCUCUCUUCGAUCCGAGAUGUCGUCCGGUGCUCUGUUCCCCAGUCUGACCAGUGGCUCCAGAGGCAGCUCCAGUAAAUACCUGGUGGAGUUUCGCGCUGGAAAGAUGACGAUGAAGGGAAAUGUGGUGACGCCAGACAAACGCAAAGGAAGUGUCUACGUGCAACAGUCCGACGAUUCGCUCAUCCACUUCUGCUGGAAGGACAGAACCACUGGCAACGUGGACGAUGAUCUGAUCAUCUUCCCAGACGACUGUGAGUUUAAGAGAGUCUCCCAGUGCACCACCGGCCGAGUCUAUGUGCUGAAGUUUAAGGCCGGGUCCAAGAGGCUCUUCUUCUGGAUGCAGGAGCCAAAGACCGACAAAGACGAGGAGUUCUGCCGCAAAGUGAAUGAGUUCCUGAACAACCCUCCGAUCCCUGGGGCCCCCGGCAGCGGAGCAGGCAGCGGCCACGAGCUCUCGGCUCUGGGAGGAGAAGGCGGUCUGCAGAACCUGCUGGGGAACAUGAGCCACAACCAACUCAUGCAGCUCAUCGGCCCCACUGGGCUCGGGGGACUGGGUCUGGGGGCUUUAGCCGGACCAGGACUCGCUAACCUCCUGGGCAGCGGAGGACCAGCGACCAGCAGCUCCUCCUCCAGCUCUCGCAGUCAGUCGGCAGCUGCUACUCCCUCGUCCACAGCUACGCCUCGAGUCAGCUCCUCUCAGGCCACCCCCACAGUAACUCCUGCUCCUGCUGCUGCUGCUGCUGCUGCACCACCGGCCACCACCACCGGGGGCACUACUCCCUCCACACCAGUGGCGCCCCCUGUGAUUCCCGCUGCCGCCGGCAGCCCCCCACACCAGCCCAUCCAGCUCAGUGACCUGCAGAACAUCUUGGCCACAAUGAACGUCCCCGCGGGCUCCCAGGGAUCUGCAGUGGACCUGGCGAGUGUGUGCACCCCGGAGAUGAUGGCUCCGAUCCUAUCAAACCCCGAGGUGCAGCAGAGACUGACGCCCUUCCUCCCGAGCGGCGAGAGUCUUCCUCAGAGCGCUGAACAGAUCCACAACACGCUCAGCUCACCACAGUUCCAGCAGUCCAUGACCAUGUUCUCCAGUGCGCUUGCCUCGGGGCAGCUGGGGCCUCUCAUGAACCAGUUUGGACUUCCUGCCGACGCUGUGGACGCCGCCAACAAAGGAGAUGUGGAGGCGUUUGCUAAAGCCAUGCAGGACAGCAAAGGAGACGCCAAAGACAAGAAGGACGACGACGAAGACAUGGCCCUGGACUAG